ACAUGAAUAAUUCAAAACCAGGGCACUAGUCUACUUAAUGCAGCAACUCGCAAAGUAGCAGCUACCAGACUACCACAAUAGCUUGAAGUGAAACGAAAUGAAGCUCUGCAACUCCAACUCAUGUCUAGCACUUGCUCUUCUUUUCUUCUCUAUCAACUUGCCAUGGCUUUUGCAAGGCCUUGCUCCAGGUAACGAGACCGAUCGAUUUGCUUUGCUCAAUUUCAAACGAGGGAUAACCAGUGAUCCUACAGGAAGGGUCUUCAACUCCUGGUACGAUUCUUUCCAUUUCUGUAGCUGGUUUGGAAUCACAUGCAGUCCCCGCCAUCAGAGAGUCACUUCUUUGGUUUUAAAAGGGCAAAACUUGAUGGGAUCCAUAUCACCUUACGUUGGCAACCUGAGUUUUCUUAGGAUCCUUGACCUCCAAAACAACAGUUUCCAUGGCCAAAUUCCGCAAGAAGUUGUUAAUCUCUCUCGACUGCAACUACUCCUUCUCAACAACAACACACUAAAAGGAAAACUUCCCAGCAACUUGAGCCACUGCUCCCAACUAAGGAUAAUUGAUUUAUCCGUUAAUGGAGUUGAAGGAAAAAUUCCCACAGAGCUAGGUCGUUUGGCAAAGCUUGAGAGGCUUGUGCUUGGUGUAAACAAUCUAACAGGAGAGAUUCCACCUUCCCUUGGCAACCUUUCAUCUCUCACCAGAUUUUCUGUUCUGAGAAAUAAUUUGGUAGGAAAUAUUCCAGCUGACAUGGGAAGACUGAUAAGCUUAACAUUUUUCUCGGUUGCAGCAAAUCAUCUAUCUGGUAUUAUAACUUCAUCUCUUUUUAAUAUCUCGUCUAUCAUUACCUUUUCAACUGCAAGCAACCAACUUAAUGGAAGUAUACCACGGAAUAUAGGCCUCACUCUGCCGAAUCUCCAAAAUCUUCACAUUGGUGGAAAUGGCUUCUCUGGUUCAAUCCCAUAUUCAUUAUCCAAUGCUUCCAAUUUGCAGAAAUUCGAUGUUUCUAUAAACAAUUUUGAGGGUCAAGUUCCAAAUCUAGGAAGUCACUUAAAUCUGUUGUGGCUAGUUGUUUCCCAGAAUAAUCUAGGAAUCAACUCAGCAAAUGACUUAGCAUUUUUUACACCUUUGAAAAACUGCAGCAAUUUGGAAGUCUUGGAUAUUGGUUAUAAUUAUUUUGGAGGUGUUUUACCAAAUUCUAUAGCCAAUUUAUCCAUUAAACUCAACAGUUUAUAUUUUGGAGGUAAUCAACUCACCGGAGUUAUUCCUGCAGCAUUAGGAAAUCUCAUCAACUUGAUAGAUCUGGGCAUGGAGCAUAACUUUUUCAUAGGUGUCAUUCCGUCAUUUAUUGGCAAGUUCUGGAAACUGCAAGGAUUGCUUUUGUGGGGAAACAGAUUGUCAGGUCUAAUUCCAUCCUCUUUAGGCAACCUCACUCGAUUGUCUAUCCUUCAGUUGUCACAAAACAAAUUUGAAGGAAGCCUUCCUUCAAGUAUUGGAAACUGCACAAGUUUGAUGCUUUUAAAUGUGGCAAGAAAUCACCUCACUGGGCAUAUUCCCCAAGAGAUAACAGGCCUUUUUUCCUUAUCAAUAUUACUAAAUUUGAAACAAAAUUCGCUAACUGGCAAUCUACCAGAUGGAGUAGGGAAGCUUAUAAAUUUAAAUCAACUGGAUGUUUCGGGAAACAACCUUUCAGGUGAAAUUCCGACAACCAUUGGUGAUUGCUUGAGCUUGGAAUAUCUUAAUAUGCGUGCAAAUUCUUUUCAAGGAGGCAUACCUUCAUCUAUGGCCUCUUUGAGAGGCCUUCAGGAAUUAGAUCUUUCGCGAAACAACUUGACAGGAAAAAUUCCAGAAGGCUUGCAGAGGCUUCCAUUUUUACAAUAUUUGAAUCUUUCUUUUAACAAUUUUGAGGGUGAAGUUCCAACCAAAGGACUUUUCAGAAAUGCAAGUGCAUUGUCACUGAUCGGAAAUGCCAAGCUUUGUGGUGGAGUAACAGAACUGGGUCUACCAAAGUGCCCUUCUCAAGUGAUGAAGAAAGGGAAGUCCCAUGCUUCUAAGCUAGCAAUAACAAUUACUUGUGUGGUUUUGGGUGUCCUUUUGAUGCUAGCGAUCCUGAUUCUUGCUUGUCGAGUAAGAAUGUCGAGAAAGCGAUCAUCCCCUACACCUUCCUCAAUGGCGGAUAAACACCAUGUGAAGGUGUCUUACAGGGAUCUUCAUCAGGCAACAAGUGGAUUCUCUUCCAACAAUUUAAUUGGAUCUGGCGGCUUUGGUUCUGUAUACAAAGGAUUUCUUAAUAUUGAAAGAGAAAGGCCAGUGGCUAUCAAGGUGCUCAAACUUCGACAAGAACGAGCAUCCAAGAGCUUCAUGGCAGAAUGCGAAGUGUUAAGGAAUGUUAGGCAUCGGAAUCUUGUUAAGCUAUUAACAUAUUGCUCGAGCUUGGAUUACAAAAACAACGAAUUCAAAGCUCUAAUUUUUGAAUUCAUGGGCAUGGGAAGCCUGGAGAACUGGUUGCAUCAGCCUGCAGGAAACUUGAAUUUUCUUCAAAGACUAAAUAUUGCAAUUGAUGUGGCAUCUGCAUUGCAUUAUCUUCAUCAUCUGUGUGAAAAUCCCAUCAUUCAUUGCGACAUAAAGCCUAGCAACGUCCUUCUUGAUGAUGAAAUGGUCGCCCAUAUUAGUGAUUUUGGUUUGGCUAGGCUUCUCUUCACCAACAAUGAUGUAUUUCGGAAUCAAACCUCCUCAAUUGGAAUAAAAGGGACUGUUGGCUAUGCUCCUCCAGAAUAUGCAAUGGGUAGUCCAGCCUCAAAAGAGGGGGAUGUGUAUAGCUAUGGGAUCCUUUUAUUAGAGAUGUUCUCAGGAAAAAGACCUACCGAAGAAAUGUUCGUGGAUGGUCUGAAUCUCCACAACUUUGUGAAGAAUGCAUUGCCGGAAAGACUUACAGAGACCGUGGACAAAACCAUUCUCCCAAGAGAAAUGGAAGAAAAAUCAGCAACAUCAUCAGCAUUACCAGAAAGCGAAUAUAAAAAGGAAGAAAUACAAGGAGCAGAAAUGAGCCAAAAAGAAUACUUGCUUUCAAUAUUGAAAAUUGGUGUAGCUUGCUCAGCAGAAUCAACCAAAGAAAGAAUGGAAAUGGGAGAUGUUGCUAAAGAUCUACAUUUGAUCAGGAGUAAAUUUCUUGGCGUGCGGAUCUAUGGAUAAAAACAGAGACUAGCUAGGUUCACUGUAAUUGAUUGAUGCUGAAAUUACUGCAUUAUUAGCUAAAUAACUGUUUCUUUAUGUGCUUGUGCUACUGUUAAUAGCUUCAUUAUAGAAGCUACUGUUAUUAGUUUCCUUUUUGUCAACUCUGAAUGGUAUCAGCCAGUCAAUUUCUCGUAAAA